UUGUGAACCUAAGGUAUCGUUCUUUCGUUUUCACCAGCAUGAGAACUGGAACACGAACAGUAGCCUACCCGUUUUCCGAAAGAAGGCGUCGUUCUACCCAACAGUGCGAAGUGUAAAAUACGCUUUAAAAACCAACACUGCGAAUCACUCCAUUAUUACAAUUCUUCCCUUACAUUCAAAGGGCAUCAGCAGCGUAAGGGCGAUCUUUUUAUCUAAGUAUUUUCAACGCCUCUGACUGACUUGUUUUAUUCUUCGCUUUCCCCUUUAAAUUUUUUCUCUGCCACAGAAAUUGCUCUACCACCAGCAUCAGCAGCCGCGGCUCCUUGAUGUUGUGGUAGAGUAUGCGCAUGCGCUCCACAUUGGAAUUACUGCACUGGCCAGAAUAAGUUGGAUCUCGUCUGUCUUCACUGAAAUCCAAAAUCAUAUCAAAACUAUGGCGAUGUUAAGAAUUAGGAAAAGGAGCUACUUUGGGGUUUGGACCUUUCCGUUAAUUGUGGCUGUGGUGUGUGCACAAAGUGUCAAUGACCCUAGCAAUAUGUCACUGGUAAAAGAAACAGUGGAUAGACUGUUGAAAGGAUAUGACAUUCGAUUGAGGCCAGAUUUCGGAGGUACCCCGGUUGGAGUUGGAAUGAAUAUAGACAUAGCCAGUAUAGACAUGGUAUCUGAAGUCAAUAUGGACUACACAUUGACGAUGUAUUUCCAGCAAGCUUGGCGGGACAAGCGGCUGUCCUAUUCGGAGAUCCCGCUCAACCUGACCCUGGACAACCGCGUGGCCGACCAGCUCUGGGUCCCGGACACGUACUUCCUCAACGACAAAAAGUCCUUCGUGCACGGCGUCACGGUGAAGAACCGGAUGAUCCGCCUGCACCCGGACGGCACCGUGCUUUACGGAUUGAGGAUCACUACCACCGCUGCAUGCAUGAUGGACUUGAGAAGAUACCCCCUGGAUGAACAGAACUGCACGCUUGAGAUCGAGAGCUAUGGCUACACCACAGACGAUAUCGAGUUCUACUGGCGAGGGGGGGAUCAUGCAGUAACCGGAGUGGAGAGAAUAGAGCUUCCUCAGUUUUCCAUCGUGGACUACAAGCUCAUCUCCAAGAACGUGGUCUUCUCAACAGGGUCCUAUCCACGGCUGUCCCUCAGUUUUAAGCUGAAGAGGAACAUCGGGUACUUCAUCCUGCAGACUUACAUGCCUUCCAUCCUGAUCACCAUCCUGUCCUGGGUCUCCUUCUGGAUAAACUACGAUGCCUCCGCUGCCAGAGUGGCUUUAGGUAUCACCACGGUGCUGACCAUGACCACCAUCAACACCCACCUGCGCGAGACCCUGCCCAAGAUCCCCUACGUGAAGGCCAUCGACAUGUACCUGAUGGGCUGCUUCGUCUUCGUCUUCCUGGCGCUGCUGGAGUACGCGCUGGUCAACUACAUCUUCUUCGGCCGCGGGCCUCAGCGCCAGAAGAAGGCCGCGGAGAAGGCGGCCACCGCCAACAACGAGAAGAUGAGGAUGGAGGCCAACAAGUGGUUGGUGGGAAAUGUAGUUCAGAGAGACGAUGCUCUGUAUGCAAGAAUGAAACAGAGGGAUAUUGACGCUCAUGACUCGAUGUGGGAACCGAUCUUUGUGGAGGAUGCAGCAAUAGGACUAGGGGAGCAAAAGAAUAAGAUGGACCCGCACGAAAACAUCCUCCUGAGCACCCUGGAGAUCAAGAACGAGAUGGGGGCGUCGGAGCUGACGCUGGGCCUGGGCGACCCGCGCAGCACCAUGCUGGCGUACGACAGCUCCACGCUGCAGUACCGCAAGGCGGGGCUGGCGCGGCACAACUUCGGGCGCAACGCGCUGGAGCGCCACGUGGCGCAGAAGAAGAGCCGGUUACGGAGGCGCGCCUCCCAGCUCAAGAUCACCAUCCCCGACUUGACUGACGUAAACUCUAUCGACAAGUGGUCGCGGAUGAUCUUCCCCACCGUCUUCUCCUUCUUCAACAUCAUCUACUGGCUUUAUUACGUCAACUGAGAGACGUAAUGUGAGCGAUGGUG